AGCAGCAGCAUGCGAGACCCUGGCCUCUCUCGCAUGAGCAUCGCCUCCCAGUUUUUUAGUGGUGAGGAGGCUGCAGGGAUAGACACUAUGACAACCUCCGAGAGGGUAGUGGAUUUGCUCAAUCAGGCUGCCUUAAUCAGCAAUGACUCUAAAAUCACUAUCCUCAAGCAGGUCCAGGAGUUGAUAAUAAACAAGGACCCCACGUUGCUAGAUAACUUCCUAGAUGAGAUCAUAGCCUUCCAGGCAGACAAAUCUGUUGAAGUGCGGAAGUUUGUGAUUGGGUUCAUUGAAGAAGCCUGCAAGCGGGACACCGAGCUGCUGCUCAAGCUCAUUGCCAACCUGAACAUGCUUCUGCGGGACGAGAACGUCAACGUGGUGAAGAAGGCCAUCCUGGCCAUGACCCAGCUGUACAAGGUGGCACUGCAGUGGAUGGUGAAGUCCAGAGGGAUCAACGACAUGCAGGAGGCCUGCUGGGAGAUGGUGUCUGCCAUGGCCAGCGAAAUCAUCCUGCUGCUGGACUCCGACAACGACGGGAUCCGCACCCACGCCAUCAAGUUUGUGGAGGGGCUGAUCAUCACCCUCUCACCCCGCAUGCCCGACUCGGAGGUGCCCAAGCGUCACGAGAAUGACAUCAGCCUCGACCGGGUCCCCAAAGAUCACCCCUACAUCAAAUACAACUUCCUGUGGGAAGAGGGAAAGAUGGCGCUGGAGCAGCUCCUAAAGUUCAUGGUGCACCCGGCCAUCUCUAGCAUCAACCUGACGGCGGCGCUGGGCUCCCUGGCCUCCAUCGCCCGCCAGCGGCCCAUGUUUAUGUCGGAAGUGAUCCAGGCCUACGAGACUCUGCACGCCAAUCUCCCUCCGACACUGGCCAAGUCCCAGGUCAGCAGCGUGCGGAAGAACCUCAAGCUCCACCUGCUGAGUGUUCUGAAGCACCCGGCCUCCGUGGAGUUCCAGGCCCAGAUCACCACUUUGCUGAUGGACCUGGGCACGCAGCAGGCCGAGAUCGCCCGCAACAUGCCCAACCUGAAGGAGCUUCGCAAGCGUCCACGGGACGAUAGUGACCCAGCCUCCAAGAAGAUGAAGACUGAGCCACCUCUCGGGGAGGAUGACGAGGAUAAGGACCUGGAGCAAGUGGCGGUCCCAGCCCAGAAGCCCUCCAUCCAAACCAGCGCACAGUCGGACACUGACAUAACAGCGGAGUUUCUGCAGCCCCUUCUGACUCCGGAUAACGUGGCUAACCUGGUGCUCAUCAGCAUGGUUUACCUGCCAGAGAACAUGCCCGCUUCUUUCCAAGCUACCUAUACUCCGGUGGAGUCAGCUGGCACAGAGGUCCAGAUCAAGCACCUUGCCCGGCUCAUGGCCACUCAGAUGACCGCUGCUGGGUUGGGGCCAGGUGUGGAGCAGAUCAAACAGGCCAAGGAAGAGCUCAAGGAAGAAAAAUUCUUGAAGCCAGAAAGUGUGUUGAUCAAGAGGCGCUUGUCUGCUAUCAACCGAGGCCAGGCCAUCUCGGUGGUGGGGGCCCAGGGCUCUGCUGCCUCCAGUCUCAUAGAGUUGGGGGCGCCACAGGCCAAAAGGCGUCCGGAACCAAUCAUCCCCACCACCCAGCCCAGACUGGCGGGUGCUAGUGGCCGCAAGAAAAUUUUCCGCCUGAGUGAUGUGAUCAAGCCUCUGGCGGAUGCACAGAUGGAAAAUCUGAAGCUGGCAGCUGUGAAGCGGAUCCUGCGCUCUGAGAAGGCCGUGGCCUGCAGCGGUGCAGCCCAUGCACGAGUGAAGAUCCUCUCGUCCCUGGUGACCCAGUUCGAGGUUCCCCUGAAGAGCGAGGUGCUCUCCUUCAUCCUGGACGACAUCCGCAACCGGCUAGACCUGGCCUUCGCCUGGCUGUACCAGGAGUACAACGCCUACCUUACGAACUACCCCUCCGGCUCCCUCAACAACUAUGACGAGUGUCUCAUCGGCCUGCUCUCUGGGCUGCAGGAGAAGCCAGACCAAAAGGAUGGGAUAUUCACCAAAGUGGUCCUGGAGGCCCCGCUGAUCACGGAGAGUGCCCUGGAGGUGAUCCGGAAAUACUGCGAAGAUGAGAGCCGGACAUACCUGGGCAUGUCAACUCUUCGAGACCUGAUCUUUAAGCGCCCAUCUCGACAGUUCCAGUAUCUGCACGUCCUUUUAGACCUCAGCUCUCAUGAGAAGGACAAGGUCCGCCAGCAGGCGCUGCUCUUCAUCAAGCGGAUGUACGAGAAGGACCAGCUGCGGGAGUAUGUGGAGAAGUUUGCACUGAAUUAUUUGCAGCUCCUGGUGCAUCCCAACCCUCCCUCGGUCCUUUUUGGAGCGGACAAAGACACAGAGGUGGCUGCCCCUUGGACAGAGGAGACCAUCAAGCAAUGUCUCUAUCUCUACCUGGCCCUCCUCCCCCAGAAUCACAAGCUGAUACACGAACUGGCAUCUGUAUACACCGAGGCCAUCGCCGACAUAAAGCGCACCGUCCUCAGGGUUAUCGAGCAGCCGAUCCGUGGGAUGGGAAUGAAUUCCCCAGAGCUGCUGCUUCUGGUUGAAAAUUGCCCCAAGGGGGCAGAGACCCUGGUGACCCGCUGCCUGCACAGCCUAACCGAUAAAGUUCCCCCAUCUCCGGAGCUGGUGAAGCGUGUUCGCGACCUGUACCACAAGAGGCUCCCAGAUGUCCGAUUCCUUAUCCCUGUCCUCAAUGGCUUGGAAAAGAAAGAGGUGAUCCAGGCUCUGCCGAAGCUCAUCAAGCUGAAUCCCAUUGUCGUGAAAGAGGUUUUCAACCGCUUGUUGGGAACCCAGCAUGGUGAAGGCAACUCGGCGGUUUCUCCGCUGAAUCCUGGAGAGUUGUUGAUCGCCCUCCACAACAUAGACUCCACCAAGUGUGACAUGAAGUCCAUCAUCAAAGCCACCAACCUGUGCUUUGCUGAGCGCAACGUCUACACAUCGGAGGUGCUGGCCGUGGUGAUGCAGCAGUUGAUGGAGCAGAACCCUCUGCCCAUGCUCCUCAUGCGGACGGUGAUCCAGUCGCUGACCAUGUACCCGCGCCUCGGCGGCUUCGUCAUGAACAUCCUUUCCCGCCUCAUCUUGAAGCAGGUGUGGAAGUACCCCAAGGUGUGGGAGGGCUUCAUCAAGUGCUGCCAGCGGACCAAGCCCCAGUCCUUCCAGGUCAUCCUCCAGUUGCCGCCUCAGCAGCUCAAUGCCGUCUUUGAGAAAUGCCCGGAGCUGCGGGAGCCUCUGCUGGCUCACGUCCGCUCCUUCACCCCGCACCAGCAAGCCCACGUCCCCAACUCCACGAUGGCCAUCCUGGAAGCCAGCGGCAAACAAGACCUGGAAGGGAAAGACCCACAGCUGCUGGAGGAAGUGAGGGGCACUGCCCCACCCAGGAGCAGCAAGGGGCUGAGGAGAGAGAGAGAGGAGGAAACAGAGCCCCUUCCCCUCCUGCCUCGAGUGUCUCAGGAUAUGAUUGCUCUGCGCUUGGCCCAGGAAAAGGCCCUCAAGCGCCAGCUGGAAGAGGAGCAGAAGCUGAAGCAGCAGCAGCAGCCCCCCCGCCCAGCGGCCCCACCCACUCCGCUUCCGGCCGAGGAGGCCGUGGACUUCCGCGAGGAAGUGCCUGAGGUGGAGACUCCCACCAUCUUCAUCAGCAUGCAGGAGGAAGAGGAGAGUUUCGGGGCAGAUAGUUCUCUGCUGGAUUCAAGUCUGGAGGGGCCUUCGCCUGCAAAGGAGAUACAGAGCAAGGAAGGAGGAGGUAGCAGCAGCAGCUCAGAUGAGGGAUCUGCCAGUAAGCCAACCACUGCCAAGCAAGGAGCCCUUUCUCCAGAGGAGCCAGCAAAGGACACGCAGACUUCUGACCCAAGCUCACCUACGCCAGAGGAGGAGCAGCCAAAACCCACCAUAGAGCAAGAGAAGAAAGCAGAGAGCUGAUGCUUCAGAGAUGUAGAAGCCCCAAAGAAG